AAAAGACUGAAGACUACCAAAAAAGAGGAAAACAGUCCCCAAUGUUUCCACAAUUAUUCAUGAUUUCAAGUAUCAACUGGAAUCACUUUGCAUUCUGAAAGUACAUCACCACAAAGCCUUGAUACUGUGUCAAGAUGAGCAAACCGGCCAUGCCAUCUAAUGAUCAAAAAGGACUCUUGUCCUAUAAUGGGGAAAUUUUUGUAUUCCAGUUGGGUAAAGAAAAAGUGUCAACCAAGAAAGGGACUACAGAAAUAUCCAAAUUAGAUGUCCAAAGAAUGGAGCUUAGCAAAAAAAUAAGAGUGUUUUAUCCAGUAGCCACUGGAGUUUAUCUCCUGAAUGAAAAUGAAUCCAAUUUUAAAAUUAUUUGUUGCCACUCUGUGUUAGACACCCGGACUGGACUUUAUGUCCCUUGUGUUCUGAUUCAAAGCGAAAGCAAUAGCACUUACAACUAUAAUCUAUUGAUGCUUUUCCUUUCUAAGAGUGAAGUUAAGUUGAGAAGUCGGUUGAAAUUUACACGAGGCUAUGAGUUGAAGGAUAGCUUAAGGAUCCUUAAUGGCCCUCUAAUUUUAUGGAAAUACCACAACAUGAUAACCUAUAUCAGUCCCCAAACUGGCACCGUUACUAGUUUGCCAGUUUACUUCAUCUCUCUUGUAUGGGCAGGGACGGUUGAUGGUCUCGGUGUGGUUUUAUUGGGAUGCCUCCAGGAACUUGCUAAGUCAGGUUUGACUACAGAGAAAGCCCACUUAGGGGUCUAUUCUUUUGAGCGUCUAGAAAUGCUAGCUGAUACAUAUGUUAUCCCUCGUGCCUAUGGCAGGACGGUGACUGAAGUAUGUGUCUAUGCAGCUGAGUUUGUUAACAACCAGCUAAAAAUGUCCCUGGUAGCCCUUACUCGAAAGAAUCAGCUGAUUUCUUUCCAAAAUGGUGCAAUAAAUAAAGUGUGUCAGCUUCCAUUUGAAGGUUCUUGUACGGUUCAACUUUUGAAUAUCAAUAUUGAAGACUCCCUUUUCAUUGUAUCCUCUGAGUCCAAUGAUGUUUGCGCUGUUUGGAAAAAGAGCUUUGAGGUUGCCGCCAAAUGGAGCAAAAUUAUCUCAUUCUAUAUUGAUGACUAUUUUGGAGCUGGAACAGAACAAUUAUUGAUACUUUUGGAGACUCCUUUGAACACAAAUUCCCUGUCUUUGUUUCUAAUAACGGAUCUCAUCAAAAUAAACUUUUCAAGUGAUACGUUGGGAUUCGAUGAAGAUAUUUUACUUAGAGACAGCCAAGAUGAACCUUCUGAAUCGUGGGCAGUGCCAGGCCUGAAAAGAAGAUUGCAUAGUGGUUUGUCUAAUGCUAAGGAUUUAGAGAAGGAGCUCUCGAUUAAGAAAGAAGUUAUAUCCAGAUCUUCCAGCGCUUUCAUAAACCUGGUUGAAGGGAGCACUGGUUCGACAUCUAGUGCAAAUGAGGAAUCCUCUGUUCCUCCCUGCGGUGAAAAAGAAAAGUCAACAUCCAUCUCUGUUGAAAAGUUACCCCGAAAUUUUCAAGAUUCAGACUAUAGAGUAGAGAAGCUGUGGUACCGGGUCCUAGAUGCUAACUUGGUGGUUUCAGUGAAGAUCUCAUCUCCUCAACAACUGUCUCUGAAUAAUAUGACUUUAUCACUGUUACUGGAUCCAAGUCAUGAUUCCAAGUUCAUCCUGAAGUGUCAAAAUAGGGUGAUUAAGUUGAGAACAGAUCCUGCAAUAUCAGCAAUGUCUAUAUUCUCUGAAAUAAGUUCAAAGGAAAAGAGGUUCAAGUUGACCCAUAACAGUAAGGAAUACAAAAGCCAUGCUUUUCAGUACUCAUUCAAGAGAGAGUAUCUGCAGACAGUUACUGCCAUAACAUCUAUCCCACCUCUCUUAGCACUGAAAAAUUUCUAUUGCUUUUUGAUACUCCAAAUUCAGCAGAGGAAAAAUGAUCAUUCUUUUGUUGAUCAUUAUGUGCCUUGUGGCAGAUUUCACAUAAAUCUGGAAGAUACUUCCAGAAGGAAAAACCUAGACACAUUUCUAAAGACUUCACCAAAAGAAAACCAGGAAGAUAUUUUAGGACUUCUUGCAUCAUUAUACAGAUGCUGUUUUCAAGUCACAUCGUCUACCUGUACUUUGACUUCAGUAAAGACCUGGUUGGUAGAACACUUGAAGUGUGAACUGACCAAACAGUUUCCUGACAUUUGGUAUUGUAAGAGAUCAGAUUUUUAUGGGACACUCUUCCAAUGGAAAGACAGAACACCUACGAAAGGAAUUUUGAUAGUAUAUUGCAGGAAUCAAACUGUUUUGCUCCAGUGCCUUCAUUAUCUUAUGAAAGUUCUCCCUACAAACUUUUUUUUAAAAAACAUAAAAUCAGAAAAGGAGGAUAUCCUAACUAAACAUGUAGCAUUAGAUUUGGGGAAUGAAUUGUGUUGCCUUACUAGUUCCCUUUCCUCUGCCUUAAGUGAGGCUGAAAACAACUCCCCACCGGAUAGUUCAGGAAGUACAGAUAAGAGUGUUGACAAUAUGGCUUCUUUCUCAGAAAGAAAGGGAGCAGUACUUCAGUAUAGAAAAGAAGUUCAUAGAGAAAAGGUACAAAUGACAUCUAACCUAAAAGUGAGUGGUUCUGUUUAUAGAAAAAUUACUUUAAAAGUAGCCAGGGAACAACUGAAAUCAGAUAUAACUAUAAAGAAACUGGACAAGUCACAAUUAUAAUCUAAGUUUGAUUAUAGGUGUAAAAUGUAUUUUCACUGCUAGAAAAUUUGAGCCGCACUCGUUUUCAUGUUACA